UUAUUUAUACCUUCAUAAAAACGAUAAAUAUCCCAAUUUAGCCCCUCUCUUUUAUUUCUCGUUUUUAGAGUUUCCUCCUGCCUUGUGGAACCGAUCAGCUCCAGAGUGCCACUAUGUAACCGCCAUCGCCCUUACCACUACGCCUGCAUAGAAGGAAACUGAAGCGAGAGCGACUCGAGGUCCGAUGACUUUUGAAAGAUUCCCCGCGGGUCCGAAGAAUACCAUCCGCCAAUCCGGUACUCGACGACUUACUAUACUGAGGCGCAAAUUUGAUACGCUGAUCCCCCUCCCCCCCCCCCCCCACGCCGUUCGAGCGAAAGUUGCAAGUUUUGCUCUUCUUUCCCUGUCUCUCCCCUCUCCUUGAUACAACUGCUGCUACACUGAUGCGGAAAUAAGCCACCCUCUGAAUAUCUUGACCAAGCAUAAGUUUUAGUUAAAAGAAAUCAAAUUAAUAUUCUGUAUUCCUAGUUUUAAGAUAGCUAUAAUUUUUACUCUUUAUUGAAACUCUUGUCCUCCAUCUUGUAAAUAGAAUUGAAUCCCUAGUUUUAAGAUUUCUGUGAAAUUUCUCAUAAAUAUUUGUUCCCCCUUUUGUGUACUAAACUAUAUUGUUAGUUUUAAGAUAACCGUAAAAUAUUUCGUAAAAUACUAUUACUCCCCCUCUUGUAUAUCAAAGUGAAUCCCUUGUUUUAAAUUUUUUCAUAAAAAAAUCUUUUGGCCCUCUUUUGUACAUUGAAUCUUAUUUCUAGUCUUAAGAUAGCUGUAAACUUUCUUUUCCUUUGUAAAAAAAUAUUUCAACAUUGUAACCUCCUAGUUUUAAGAUAUCCAAAAUGUAAAAACAAAAGCAUUUGGCAACGCCAAGCUAACGCAUUUGUGCCUAUCAAAUAAACGAAAUGAAUAAAAAAAAAAAAAAAAAUUGGAUAAAUCGACACUCAGUCUAUGGGAAAACACAGUUAAACCGAAGCAGUUGCCAAAAUAUAAGGAAACGCUAGAAUUUCUACAGAACCGUUGUUUUGUGUUAGAGCGCUGCAAAAUGAACACAUCACAGAAGCCGAACGAAAUGGGCAAAUCAAAAGCGCUGCCUAUCACACCACGACCACCUGUCAAAGUACACACAGCGUCGCACACAAACGAGAGCGUGUGCGUGAUUUGCAAUGAGCCUCACAAUGUAACAAGUGUAAUAUUUAACAACAGAUGACGGUAUCGUAGAGAAUAGCAGUCGUAAAGGAUAAACAGCUUUGUUUUAACUGUUUAAAGCGAGGUCAUCGAGUAGUUCAGUGUAAGUCACGAUUGUGCACAGUUGUUGACUGCGGAAAGAAGCAUCACACACAAUUGCAUAAUGAAAAAUCGGUGGUGGCAGAAACAUCUACUGCGACAGAAAACGUUAUAGAACAAAAGAUAGAAACGCCAAAUCUACCCACACAAUCAGUUCCAAAUGUUGCAUGUUCCAGCACCCUGAUGCCAGAAAAGAGUUUUAGUAAACAAGUGAUAUUGUCUAUAGCUGUGGCUCAUGUGAAGGAUUGGAAUGGAGUCUACUAUCCAUGCCGAGUGUUACUAGAUUCGGGAUCACAAUCUAAUUUUUUGUCUGAACAUAUCGUGAACUUACUACGGCUCAAAUGCGAUGUCGUGCGAGUGCCAAUCGUCGGUAUUAAUGGAGAAAAGCUUAUCGCUACAAAACAAACUAUGACAGAAGUGAAAACAGUGUACGGAAAUGCAUCUUGGAUACUCGAGUUUCUAAUAGUACCUCAAGUUACCGGCCUUCUUACGUUGCAUAAAGUGGACAUCCAACAGUGGAAUGUCCCACUUGAUUUGAAUCUGGCAGAUCCCAGCGAAAGUUGAUAUGCUUGUCGGAGCGGAGUUAUUCUUCGAACUGCUUCUAACGGAUCGUUUAAAACUGGACAAUGACCAACCCACGUUGUGGAAGUCCGAACUAGGUUGGAUUGUUUGUGGUUCCUACCGAAAUCCCCCCAAGACGGUGUCAGUCGUAAGUAGUUGCUUAGAUAUAGAGGAGAGUUUCAGCGGUUCUGACAGCUAGAGGAAGUUCCGGACGCUCCAACGGUCACCACUGAGAACAAACGGUGUAUUGAGCAUUUCCUCACAACGUAUCGCCGAGAGAAUGGCCGGUUCGUAGUCCGGCUCCACUUUCGUGAGCAGCUUGAGUGCUCGCGAAGUCUAGCAGAAAGGCGUUUUCUCCAAACUGAAAAGAAGCUUGCAUACCAUCAAGAUCUGAAGUCCAAAUAUGUAGCCUUCAUCAAUGAAUACGUGUCUUUAGGUCAUUGUCGUGUUGUUGAUACGGAUACCAGCGGGUUUUACCUACCUCAUCAUGCUAUUUUGAAGCCAUCGAGUUCGACAACAAAACUUCGCGUCGUAUUUGAUGCUUCGGCGCGCUCCGACAUCAAUCUUUCCUUGAAUGACGUGCUAAUCACUGUCCUAAGAUUUAGGAAAUAUAAGUACGUUUUCACUGCUGACAUCAUUAAGAUGUACAGGCAGAUACGAGUUGACGAACGUGAUACACCCUACCAGAGAAUACUUUGGAGAAAUAACACCGACGAAAAGCUGAACACCCUGGAAUUAACAACAGUAACAUAUGGCAUGUCUUGCGCAUCAUGUUGUGCUACAAUGUGCCUCCAACAAUUGGCUGACGAUGAAAGAGCAGAGUUUCCGAUCGCUGCACAGAUUGUGAAGAACGAUUUCUAUAUGGAUGAUGUACUCUCAGGUGCGGAUGAGCUACACGAUGCGCUGGAAUGCCAAGAACAGCUCAUUUCUCUUCUGAAUCGGGGCGGUUUCUAACUUCAUAAAUGGUGUGCUAAUGCGUCACAGCUAUUGCAAAAAAUUCCCGAAACGUACAGGGAAAUACAAGUACCAAUUGAAGAUCGGAGUUCCAACGAAGUUAUAAAAACCCUCGGGCUAUUGUGGGACCCACACAAUGACGUGUUUCUGUUCAGUAUCCGAGUAAACAAUGAGGAUAGAGACUACCACACGAAAAGAACGGUACUUUCAGACACUGCAAUAAUCUACGACCCCCUCGGUUUUUUAGGCCCAGUGACCAUCCGAGCCAAAGUUUUUAUUCAGGAACUAUGGGCCAAUAAUGUAAACUGGGACGAACAUUUGACAGCAGGACAGGAUACAAGAUGGCGACGGUUUAAAGAUGAAUUGCAGAACAUUAACGAUGUGAGGAUCUCACGGCGUUCUAACGGUGACAAUUCAGUGGCAUUCGAAAUACAUGGAUUUUCAGACGCGAGCAAAAGGGCGUACGGUGCAUGUGUGUAUUUACGUAGCCUUAAGGUAGACAAUACGAGUGAAAUGCAUCUUCUCAGUAGUAAAACUCGUGUAGCUCCGUUACCAAAGAAACUAGGAAGUAAGCGUGGCAGCAAACCUUUUACGAUCCCAAGAGCCGAACUUUGCGGUGCUUUGCUUUUGGCGAAACUUGUCACUACGGUGAUUGAGUCCAUGAAACUACAACUUAAUGCGGUAACACUUUGGUGUGAUUCACAAAUCGUUCUUUGCAGGCUCAACAAAUCUCCAGCUAAUCUUGAAGUUUUCGUGGGUAACAAGGUUCGUGAAAUAAAUCAGCUAACGGCACAUUACAAAUGGCAAUAUAUCCAUACAAAGGAAAACCCAGCAGAUCUUGCUUCGCGUGGGGUUAAUGAAUCGGAACUAAUGAAAUCUGCAUUGUGGUGGCAUAGUCCGUCCACGAUACAGAACACUAGUGACAUCAAUAGUCAGUCUGAGUUAGUCUACACCAGUGAAGAAGAAGGGCUACGAGAUUCAGUGCACGCCAACGUAUCGUUGCAGGAUUGCCCUAUUGAAUUACUAACUAGAUACCGCGACUUCAGAAAGCUCCAGCGGGUGUUCGCCUACGCCAUUAGAUUUAUAAACAACUCUCGUGCGAAAGACAAGGCUCAGCGAGUUUUGGGAUCGUUGACAGUAGCCGAGUUGCGACAAGCUACGCAAAAUAUUAUCGCCCAAACACAGAAGGAAGGUUUCAGUGAUGAGUUAAAAUUGUUAAGGCGUGGUAGAGCAAAAAUGCUUCUACCGUUGGCUCCGUUCAUCGAUCAACACGGCAUGCUACGUGUCGGCGGUCGUCUGAGACAUGCUAGGAUCCCGUUCGGUAAAAAACAUCAGUUACUGUUACCACGAAGUCAUGUAACAAAGAUUUUGAUAAUGUCCCUUCACAAGGAGCAUCUACAUGUUGGGCCACAAGCCUUGCUGUCGAUAGUACGCCAACGGUACUGGACCGUUAGAGCAAAAAGUGUUAUACGCCAAGUCAUUAAGAAAUGUGUCCAAUGUUUUCGAAUCGUUCAAUUUAUGGGUGAGUUACCCGCCUUCCGAGUCAACCCCUCGCUACCUUUUUCAACAACGGGGGUUGACUAUGCGGGGCCCUUUUUCAUUCGUCAAGGUGUCCGACGUAUGGCAAAGGUGAAAGCUUACGUGGCUCUAUUUAUAUGUAUGAGCACAAAAGCAAUACACCUCGAACUGGUGUCCGACUUAACCAGCGAGGCAUUUUUGGCAGCCCUUCAAAGAUUUGUUGGUCGUCGUGGUUACCCAGAGCAAAUACUAUCUGACAACGCAACUAAUUUCCGAGGAGCCCAAUCGCAGCUACAUGAGCUGUACUUGUUGUUCUCGUCUCAACAAGCAAAUGAUGCGAUCAAUCAUUUCUGCACUGCACGGGAAAUUCAGUGGUCGUUUAUACCGCCGCGAUCGCCAAACUUCGGAGGCAUUUGGGAGGCCGGAGUGAAGGCAGCAAAGUCUCAUCUAAAAAUCAUUCUGCGUGAUGCAUCUUUGAAAUACGAAGAAAUGAAUACGGUAUUAGUGCAAAUAGAAGCUGUCUUGAACUCGUGACCGCCAACACAGUUGUCUGCGGAUGUCAAUGAUCUUUCGGCUCUAACCCCGGGUCACUUUUUAGUAGGACGUGAAUUAGUUGUAGUUCCUGAGCCGAAUUUCAAGGAGAUACGUUUGUCGUCACUGUCGCGGUGGCAGCAUUUGCAGAAACUAAAACAUGAUUUCUGGAUCAGACGGUCGUCUGAAUAUCUCCACGUAUUACAGCCAAGGAGUAAAUGGUACAAAAAUAAGUUGAUCAUACAACCAGGAAUGUUAAUAGUUCUCAAGGAGGAUAAUGUUGCUCCUCAACAGUGGCGUAUGGGGUGCAUAAGGGAGGUAUGUCCCGGUAUCGACGGAUUAGUACGCGCAGUGAAGGUAAAAACAUCGACCGGAGAAGUAUGUCGAGGAGUGAGCAAGAUUUCUGUCUUGCCGAUUGAUGAUAACUUCGUGUCGACCGGGGGAGGAUGUCGAAUCUUAAAUCUAAAUCAAUCAGUUCACCCCUCGCUUUGAAGAAACCUGCAUUUAUAUAUUUUUUGUUACUACCAACUUUACCAAGAAAAACAAAAUAAAAUUUAGCGCUAAGCGAAACAGGCAUGUUUCUUUUUAUUGCAGAGUUGAAAGUAAAACACAGAGGUCAAUGCAAGUUGCCGAACAGUGCCGCUACUGUUGUCCAGAAUACAACGUAGAAACCUUGCACUUCAAGCCAGGCAAGUUUGAAUCGCCUUGAAUCAUUAACCGGGCGGCGAUCUAGGUGAUGAAAAAAUGGCGUGAAGGUGUGCAUCGAUCAGGUUGCAAACAUCGGAUGGGAAAUACAUGACGCACAGGAAUAGUGUGCGAUAGAUAAGUUCUUCUGAUAGUCGGAAUUCGCCCACUAGUCGCCCAUCGCACCUGGCUCCUGGUGAACAGAGUACGGUUGUCAAGCCAUGUCUAUGUCAAAGCGAGGACGUCAUAACUACGCCUCGUAGCCGUAAGCAAAUAGUUGUAAACUGAUGAAUUUAGGCCUCCAGCGUGUUGAUAGUAAACCUCGAUCAGGUUCGGUUGUAAUGGCGUCAACUGUAGUAAUAGCGGAGAUCCUUUCAUCACUUUCACGAACAAAAUCGGAAUGGCGGAAGAUCGCUGGCGGGGAUUUGAGACAUUGCAUAUCAUGUUCGAUGUAUACUUGCCAUUUGUGGCAUGUUGGCAGACAUUCGCACCGAUGUCGAAUCUCGUAGUAGAUGGUGUAUCUGUAAUGAGGAAAUCCCAGUUCUCGCUACAAUCAAAAUGUCUGUAACGAGAACUGGGGAGAAGGGGUACUGAUGUAGAUAUCUGUUGUUAAGGUGUAUUAAUUUACUAGGUAGAAACAGCAUUAUAAAAUCACAUUAAUCGACUUGAGGGGUACAGAAUUUGAAGGUCUUGAGGUGCCCGGACGUCCCGGAUCGGCAUGUCGGGUGGUCUUCGUGUGCUUGUAGAACUUCAUUAGAUUUUGCUCUGGCUUCAUGACGAUCAUAAUCAGGUUCUGAGUACGACCAAACGAUGUGAUCAAUAUCUUAGUAACUUUUGCCACAAUUACACAAGGUGCUCUCGGUAAGUCCUAUUCGAAAGUGGUAAGCAUUACUGUUGUAGUGAUUUGACAUCAGUCUUGACGUGAAACGAAUAAAGUCUCUUGGCAGAUCGAAGUUGAAACUUUGGGAUUAUAGGAAUAAUGCCGAGAAACGUUGAGUUAUUCGCUAUAAGAGAUAGGCCUUUCGAGGACAUUUGCUACGGUGGCACCUUUUUGACGAGUUCAUCUGCUUUUUUAUUACUCUGUGUGCGUGUUGGUAGCGAAUCUGAAACAAAAGCUUUCGUACUGUAUCACCGACAAGAUAGUUGUUUUGUACAAUCUGAUCAAUUCGAGUGGAUGAGCGUCCCACCAAGUCGAAGUAAUCGAGCGAAGGAAAUUUACUCGUUGCUGGCACUUUUAUUUCAAAUAACCAAUAUGUGUACCCCUGUUCCUUUAGAAUCGAAAGAUUCAAUGUACAGUUACUUGUGAAACAAUCAUCAAUACUGCUGACAUAAAUAUUGCACAAAAGUAGACCCGUAUAGCUAAAUCUCAACGUCGACGAAGUGAAAGUCCAUUUGAUUUGUGAAAUUUCUAUGAUAGAACAUCGAUGGAAACUGAAUCAAUGUGCUGAAAAAUCGAGGUCAUUUGUUGACGUUUGGCGAAAGCGAUGUCCAUCUUCGUUGCGAGCAGCGCUGGACAGUCGUUUGUUCAUUUGCCUCUCCAAAGUCCGAACUGUGUUUCCGAGAGCAGCUGAUUUGCUUCGGUUCAGUUAUCAAGACGACGAAGAAUCAUUUUCUUUGACAAUUUUCGUAUGCAGGAAAGCAUAGAAAUUGGUCGAUACAAAUGAUGAUCCGAAGCUGCUUUGAAGGAUUUUGAAUGGCGACGACUUAGUGCAUAUUUUCAUUGUGAAGUCUAAAAUCCAACGAUCUGAGUACUCAACAUCCUCAUUUGUCGUUGACCGAUUACGCAUGUUUCUGGCUGUUUUCCAAAGAGUACUAAUUGAAGUCUCUUUUGACAAGCCUUCAACGAAAUGACGUCAGUAGCCUCUUUUUAUUUAAUGAGGCUUUUUAGUCUACCUUCAAAGGAGGUAUAUUCAACACACGAUUCCUGCCUUCUCACCAUCAACUGUAGUACGCAUUCGACUUUUUCAUACAACUAACAACUCCGAACAUUGCGCCACCAUCGAUUUGGGGAAUGUGCUAGAAAUAGACUCAAUUGACUCUGCAACUGUUUCCGCAUAGAAAUAGAAAUAGCAAUCGGCAAGCACUACCGUGAGGGCCUUUAAUAACUUUCCAAGUACAAUCGAGCGACAGUGAGUUCGAACAUAGAGAGAGAUCCAACCUGCUUUCUCGAGCUAAAGGGGCUGGAGCUCUUGUGGCUUCCUUAGUAUUCAGGAUAGCCAUGUUGAGCUAAUCGCAAAGGUCGGAUACGACGGGCUCGAUUAUCACCCUAAGACUCCCUUCCCCAAGCGAGACCAUGUGAGUUGAAGCCUCAUAAGAUCAGGUGAGGUGCAGGGAGUACAUCAGUCAUACCUCUUUCUCUUGCGGCAACAAUAGGUACAUAAUCAUUGUCCCCUUCCGAGUUGUUGCGCUCUUUCCAGAUGUUGCGCUAGGCGUUCAUGCCAAAUACACAACUGUAGAGAAAACAUAAACAUGUUGUUCCAUUUUGACGUUUGUUAGUUGCGCUGAUUUCAUCGAAAUAAAAAUACGUUGUUCAAAGAGCGCGGUCGUGUAAUUCUUUAUUUCGUCCGGAUUAUCCGUGUUUUCGUAGGUCUGGUUCCGUCGAUCGAUUGUUCGCCAACAGGUGAUGGGCCCAAAUUAGUUCGUGAUUGUGGAAAUCGGGUUCGCGCGAGAAAGGUUACGGAACGGUUCGUGGCGGAUUCGCAGAGGUAUGCAUUGCGCAAUUGUGCGAUUGCGAAGGACGCAUGGGAUGCGUUGAAGACCUACCGCGACAAGGGUUCGAAGGUCUACUUCCUGAAGAAACUUGUAAGAGGUUUGCCUGCGAUGUGAGAUGAUCGCGGAGGCAGCACCGACUAGCUUGGAACAAAUCGCAAACCAACAAUAUCCACAAAUACUGUUAUAUGUUUAAAUUACAAUAUAUUUUGCAUACAUGACACUUGUCCACGGCUGACUACCUUCAAAUUUCUUCUACUCUGUACUAAUCACUCGCCUUCAUUCUUGGCUGUUCUAAACUGGCUUUGUCUCUCAUUUCUACUCACGGAUCCGCAACACGCCCGCCUUAGCAUGCCAUCCCGGGUUUCCUCCUACCCGUGCUCUUCAUCACCGCUUUCAUGCUCCACACCACAGCUUUGGCUUCGACUACUGAUGACGUCAACGUGUUACCGGUGCACAGAGGUUCUCCUCCUGCCGUUCUCUGUCGUGCUGCCAGUCGCUCGCUUGACCUUCGUCCUCGUUUCCGUAAUGACCGACUAAUCCGUUAAUAAAUCGCCCUCCUAAUUAGGCAAAUCUGAGAAAACGGCCCCUUUCCGGGGCUGUUUUCCGAGAUGGGAUCGUACCGACCCGUUGUUAAUCUUCAAAGUCGCCUUCCUCGUAAGCGUGUGCUGGGCGCCGUUUGAAUCUUUCUAGGUCCCUCGGCUUGGCUUAUUAGCUGAAUAAGGCUCCCGUGGUGAACCAGGAGAAUGUGUUGCUUGAUUGCAGCUUGCGCUAAUGGAUCCAAUCAAGCUAAAAUGAUCACGUGCGUUUGAUGUGUCACUUUCCGAUCUACUGUCCGUAUUUAGAAUGGACCCUGGCAAGUUUCCAAUAUGGCUUUCGUAGCUGAGUGGCGCUCGUGCCAAAACUCACAACGUGCGUUGGUCAGCGAUUUCCGGUUUAUAGACUUGAGAAAUCAUGCGACGAUUAUCGAUCUGAUUCGCAGCCUUUGGUUACUUCUGCUUGGUGAGUUCCGCACGAGGUUUUUUCCCAGGUGCGCGUCACUAUCACGAUGGCGACUUUGCUUACUGGCCUUGUUCGCGUUUUGGUUGUCUUUGUGAGAAAGACUUCACUCAUGUGCGAUUUCCGCCAAAAGUGAUGUAGACUUUGUGCGGAGAGAUAUGCGGGUGCAAGAUAGCGUCCGGAUAGUGCUGCCGUGGUGCCAGAAUGUCUGAUUUUUCUAUCAACUAACUAUAAUGUCUUUGUUUUGACCAUUAUCAUACGUUUAUAAACAUUGAUUCCUAUGACAAACGUUACAAACUGACGCAGCUGGAGCUCAAGAAGGGCGAUAUGGAGUUGCUAAUAUUUCCGAUCUGCUGCAACGGAUCGCCAAUGUUGGAGUAACGGCGAUGGGACAAACUGACCGUCUGGCGGAAGCAGAAAUUCGCCGGGAGCGCAGCGGAGCUACUUCGAGCAGUGGAUACGCGUUGCGAGUGGAUCAUCGCCGCCGACGAGUAAAUGGUGGUAGCAAGUUUGCUGGUGCCGGAAGUAAACAAGCGGAGACGCGAUCCUGCUUCUAGUGUAAACAAUUGGUGCCCACCUGAAGAAAGAUUGCCCGAAUUGUGCAGCUGGCGAAUCAGUGACAAAGCCGAUGAAGUAGAAGUUAGAUGAAUAGAAAGCCAAGUAGGCGCAGACAGUUUCCGAGGGACCGCUGGCGUGUAUGGAGAGACACGCUGAACCGUCCAGCUGGUUUGUCGACAGUGGUGCUUCAGGGGACAUGACGGUGAAUCGGAAGUCCUUCACCUGAGCAAACCGGUGGUACGAGCGUGAUGUUGGCCGAUGGCGAGAGAGCCGAGGUUGCUGGCACGGGCCGUGGAAUCAUCUUUAGCGUGACCACCACCGGAAAACCGAUAGACAUCGAAUUGAGCGAGGUAUUGUAAGUGCCGAAACUUACCAGUGCACUUGUGUCGGUACGUAUCCUUGCGAAGAAGAGCUAAGAAUCGGUGUGGAAUUCGAAGCCGCACCGGACAAGUGUGUCGGUAGGCGAGCGACACGGAAGCUUGUACCGUUUGUGUUUUCCGGAGCAGGCGAUGGUUAGUGUCCAGACGUCGCAUACGAAGCACAGACGCCUGAGACACCGGAAUCCUGAAGCGGUUCGGUCGAUUCACGUAAACAAACAAGCUGAUGGGAUGAAGCUCAUGGACUGCGGAGUGCGUACUGGGGGCACCGUUUCCGAAAAGUGUGGAUAGAGGUUCCAACGAAAAGCUGGACAUCGUACAUGCUGAUCUCAGUGGUCCGAUGAAGAGCACACCGAGUGGAAACCAAUACUUCCUUUUUUGGUCGAUGACCAUACACGAAUGGCGUACACUCUGAGGAAGCAGUCGGACUCUGCAAGGACUUCAUUUUCUUCUGCAAGACGCAUAUGGGCAAGGAUGCUGCAAUCAGACGGUGGAGAAGAGUUUACCAGAAUUUGUAGAAUUUUCUUCGAGCGAGCUACUCCAACGAGCAUAAGGCCUGUUGGAUACGAUUUCGGGACGGGAUGUAAAGUUCCUCUAGGAUUGGCGUAUGAACAGCGAACGCGAUACCGAGAGGAAGCUAGAAUCGACGGUAGAAUCGGGGUCACUACCGGUCCAGUACUCACCCGUGAGCCGGUAUUUGAAGAAGAUCCUGAGGAUGAAGAUGAUUUGGAUACGAAUCGGCUGAAGAAGUGUAUCACGGUGAAGAUGCUCCCGUUCCGGGGAAUGAAAACCAUCUGAAGAAUCCUCGUCGUUCCCUCCGGGGAGUGUUUCUGGUGCUUUUUCUAGAUUAUUUUGAUGGUAUGGCAAUGGUUGACCAGGAUGAGCCGACUACGUACGAGCAUGCAAUCAGCUGCCCUGACAUGGAGGAAUGGAUUGGAUUGGAUGCCGAGUCGUUGGUGUCGAACGAUACAUGAAAGCUUGUGGACCCGCCACCUGCUUGCAACACUGUCGGUAGCAAGUGGGUGUACAUGACGAAGUUGGAUGGGACAGCAAGGUCGAGAGAUCCGAUUUCGAGGACAUAUUUGCCCCAGUGGUGAUGUGUUCUACCUUCCGUGUGUUGUUAUCUGUUGUGGGCCUCCGGAAAAUGUAAAAUUUAAAUCUGCGUACCACUACGGAAAUCUGGACGAGGUGGCGUAUAUGCGCCAGUCUCCGGGGUACUUGGAGACCGGAAGUGAGAAGAUUUAUGGCUUGAAACAAGCAGCAAAAGUUUGACACAGACGCUAACGGAUAGACUGAAGCAGCUUGGAGUCGAACAGUGUAAUGCCGAUUCGUGCUUAUAUCGAAAGCAGAUUUGGAGGAGUGGAUAGAUGUAUCUGCUCAUAAAUGUGGAUGAUUUGCUGUUGAUCUGUGUAUAGGAGGAAAUCGACCUGAUCGAGGAGCGGCUGAAGAUCACAAGGUUAGGUGAUAUCCGAAGUUUCUUAGGCAUUCGUGCGCGAAGUACUUCAGACGGAUUCUUCGUGAUUUCCCAAAGUGCUUUCAUCAUAACAGGUGUGCUACGAUUUGGAUUGGGCAACGCUAAAGGAUCGAUGUACCCAAUGGAUCCGGGAUACUGCAAGGUAACCGAGGAUAGCCAGAAGAUGGAGAGUAGCGAGGAAUAUCACAAGUUGAUAGGUUACCUGCUGUAUUUGUCAGACGUCAUAGCGGCGGUCGGAAUCUUGAGUCGGAAAGUUAGUUGCCCAUCGGUAACCGACUGGAACGAGGCGAAGCGUACAGUGCGCUACUUGAUACACAUGGUUGACUACGAAUUGACACUUGGAAGGUGUUGCGUUAGUUAGUUUUUCAGUGUGCGUCUCAAUUCCUAAAACCCACUAGAAAAAAUUAGACGUGUAUGAAAAUCGAAAUACGCGGCAAGGCUCGCUCGAAUGUCAUACUCAGCAGAACGGCAACUGUCAUCCAUAAAUGAGCGAAACUCGGUGUUUCCUUUUCCGGCAAACCGCACAUAACACACACAAGCAGUCAGCAUCAAACGGGCAAAUAACUGCUAGCCGUCGGUAAGGCUAGUCGAAGCGGCAAAACGUGCCUGAGAGUCACCCAAGAAGGAAGGGUCCCGAGUAAAAAUAACGGAAGGUGAGUCGAUUCUAAUGCCGAGACGGGCAAAUUAAUUGACGCAAGAAUCCGCUACACUCUAGAUUCACUGUACGUGAAGCAUCAAACGGUGACGACGUUACAUCAACCUGCGGGUUCGAUUUGUCCACGUGUCGGAAUCAUCAGCAAGCUAACCAGAUUGUCGACGGAUUGACAUUCGGACGGACGCGGCCGGGAUUUUGAUUAAAGUCCUACGGCAAGCAAAUCCGGGAGUGGCAUAGGACAAAUCAGAUAUCAUUUCGUAGAGCAGAUCGAUCCCACGGCAAGUAUCGCACACGCCGUCCGCCCAAAUUGCUGCUAACGUCCAGACGACGGGAGGAAGACCCAUCUGGAGGCAUCCUCCCGUAUCGAUUCGUGUCGGAACUGAUCGAAGCUUAAUCACCCGGCCACGAUACACUGAACAAAUGACCUUCCUACAGGAAGUAAGUAAUGAAAAGGAGAAAAAUCGAGCGGAAUAUUGCUUGCUGCGUUUUCCCAGGGUUUUUUGUUCACAGCUCAAUUCCAUCAACUAUUGAACGGCGCUGACUGACCGACAGGAGGAAUCGUCGGCCAUAUAUUCUAUCGGACUGCAGCACGACGGUUGCAAGGCGUUGUCAACAGAACGCACGAGUGCGCGUCGGUAGCCGGACGGGCACAAGCCGCACAAAUUAACGGCGAGAAGAUUAGCCAGGAGGUGUGUGUGUGGAUGUAUUUAGUGCCCGGAUCGGCGAUGAAGUUAAUUCGCCGUACAGAUUAGGCCGAGACAUGUACAGCGGCACCGAGUCCAUCACGACGGGUAGAAGAGGUCGCAACGAUGUUGGGUGCACCCAGAAGAUUAAAAAACCGUGAGUAAGAAAAAAAGUGCGAUAGAAUGAGAAGGAAGAAAACAGCUAGGGCGAGAGUAGGACAGUGAUGCUUCCGUACGUAGGAAAUAAAGGUGGCACAUUUUAUUGUAUACAUUUGUGGCGUUCAAUUUGUUAGCCGGCCGACCGAAGCAUUUCCAUUUCGCAAGGGUCGUUUCACAACAAAGAAGUGGACGUGAGCUACUGCUAUCAGGAUAUUGCGAUGUCGAUUGGGCGGUUGAUAGCGAGUGACCGCAAAUAUUGUACUGGCUACAUGUUCAGUCUAGGAGAAGAGACCGUGACUUGGGCAAGCCGGAAGCAGAGCUGCGUGGUCAUGUCCACCAUGGAGGCCGAAUACGUGGCCCUCUCAGAGGCUACGCAGGAAGUUGUUUGGCUACGACGUUUACUAGCUAAACUGAACGAGAAACAACGACUGACGAUCAUCUUCGAGGAUAACAGAAGUUACCUAGAUUUCAUCGCAUUGGAUCAUAAAAGAAAAUGUUACUAUCACUUCACCAGGAGAUGCUGUUCAUCGGGCGCUGAGGUCAAGAGGUUCGCUGAAAAGAUGGGAUUGGCAAUCGUACCGAUCGAGGAAGAGGCCGUCAAGGAGACACGGGGUGUUGCGCUAGGCGUUUAAGUGCAAAUACACCCCUGUACAGAAAAUUUUAAGUAUUUUGUUUCUUUUUGAUGUUUAUUAGUUGCGCUGAGGUUAUCGAACUAAAAACACGUUGCUCAAAGUGCGGUGUCGUGUAAUUCUUUCUUUCGUCCGGACUAUCCGUGUUUUCGUAGGUCUGGUUCCGUCGAUCGAUUUUCCGUUCAACACGAGCUACAUCCAUCAAUGUAUGUAAAAGUGCGUUCGAAUAGCUCUGCCGUUAAACAUUUAAGCUUAUAUGAACGUAGUUUGUAUGUCGGAUACCUACAUGUAGAAUGCGAAACACCAGCGCAAAGAAGGCAUUUUCAGCCUCCACUGCCUGUGGCAUCCUUGUGUGAAUCGCCGCACUUCGAGAACUUAACUGUAUUGCAACAGUAGGUAUUCGUGUGAUAAUUAGAUCAAUUCAUGAGUUUAGGUGUGUACCGGAGGUUGAAGUUGUCCAGUAGUAUAUAGUUUGAUAAGGCAGCACCUUCGAAUGUUACUCGAAAUGUUUUCAAAGGGGUUAUGAUUUGUGCACUCCACGUGUCUUGCAAUGAGUGAAGUUGUUUCACUUCAAGUAUCUUGACCUGCGAAAGGUUUUGGGCUUUAAAAUGCUACGCCGUUCUGUAGGCCACGACCGUUAAGGUAAGCACACCGUCUAGCUCUACGACGUUUGCCGGAAUGUACACGCGAUAUUCUGAAUUAAAUCGCGUUUAUGUUGGCAUGUUUCCGGUCUGAGAGGACUAUGCAAAGUUUAUUGGCAUUAACCUUGACUAUUUCGCGUACGAAGACUGAAAACCCAUCUGUAACAUCCGAGGCUACGUGAAGGAAUGGAUCGGCAGCUAUUUUGGCAAAUACCGCUAUGCUGUAUAAUGGUUUCACUUUGUUUGUAUAACAGAAUGAGCGAAUUUCAGUUGGUAGUUACUUACCUUACCAACCAGUCUAAAGCCGUGGGGUCUUUGCUGAACCAAGAGGUCGUUUUCUUCUUCUUUCUGCUGCAGGGCACGAAGACACCCUUCAGCUUAGUUGAUCUACCUGUUAACUUUGUACGGUAGCGUACUUUGUUCGACCGAAGGGUUCUUCUAAGCCCAAAUGAGCAAGAUUACCUGCCAGAAUACGACUAGGACUUGCUGAAAUGCGAAAAAAUGAAUCUGUAGUCGCGCGUUGCUAUUUGUUGCCCCUCGAACUCCGGCGUUGACAAAGGAUUUGAUAGAUCAAUUUGUAGUCGGUUUCCAGCAAUGCAAUUGCUAAUAAUUUAUAGCAAUCCAUACUAUUCCCUCGAUGCAAUCCUCCGAUAAAAUCACCUCCUUCUAGAUCUUCAAAAUCACCCAUUGGGGAGUUCUAAUCAAUGUCUCGUAUUCGUACGCUUGCCUUUCUUUUUCGUCUCUCGAAUUCGGAUUCCCCCAUCCCGUAAUUUUGAAUUGCGCUACUUAUUCAUUGGUAUAAUCAAAUUCUGAAAGUUCACCAAGAAAAAAAAUGGUAAAGUAAAAACACGUGUGUACACGAUUGGAUAUCUUGGCAAAAUGUCGCUAAUUUUCAUCGCUGUUCAUUGACGAUAUUUUCAUGCUAAGUUGGUCCGUAACAACCGUUGCUAUGGGACCGGUAAAGGCAAUGACAACAAACGACUGUCAAUAGAUUCACGGUGGGGCUAUUUUUUGAUUCAGGUCUAAAAUCAAAAUCAGCAAAACCAUAUUUUUUUCAGAGAAAGAAAAAAUCCGAUAGAAUAACUUUUUUUCUCUUAGAAAAGGCAUUUAUGUAGGUUGAAAAAUAAAUCAAGGAAUGUUUGGUACAAUCAAGUGCUAUUUGAAUUUUUCAAUUUUUCCCCAGACAGAGUACCCUAUUCCGUAAUAAUCGCUUCAACGAAUCAUACUGAAAAUAUAUUGUGAUACGUUGUCAAUCAACUAUCACUAAACAUUGGCUCCAAAUCAAUUUAAGUUUAACUUUAGACUAAAUAACGUAAUAAUCUGUGAAAUGUUAGGCUUCAGAACAGUAAAAAUGUUCCAUGGCAGAGCAACCAUACUAAGACCUAGGAUAACUAUCUGUUGUAAUUGAUUUACAGUUAGAGGUAAACUAAACGUAUGUGUUUUCAUUGUGCAACCGUAAGUUUGUAUUAACAGUGAGUUAAUAGUAGAAUACAACCAAAACCGUACCGGAUCAUUUUGUGGAUGCAUUCUCGAUAUUGUUGAAAAUAUGAUUAAACUAGGCAAUAUGUAUCAAAUUAAAAA